AUGAAGCUCUCCACUCUCUUUGCAUAUGCCACAGUUGCCAUCGCCGGCACAGAGGCUUGGAGCUUCACGGUCUGGACGGAGAAGGACCAGAAGGGGAAACAGCGCCACUACCACAGCAGUCUCGGAGAUAAUGACUGCUACAACUUCGACGAUUCCAUUACUUCAAAGGGCGUUGGGUCAUUCGAAUUCUGCAGCUUUGUCUGGACCCGUUGCUCCGUCUCAAUCCACAGCGACAUCGGUUGUCGGGGCAAGAAGCUGGGGUCCGCCACAGCCGCCGACAAGGGCUUCUUGUGGCCGACAAAGUGGGCCAAAAACAGCAGCAAGGCAGGGCAGAAAAUGAAGAGCUUCAGGAUUCAGGGCUGCAAGCAUAUUCCUGUCACUGGAGGUUCAUUGGAUAUUGCUAGCUGUAAGAACCAGAGGUUUUAG